AGUGAUGUUCCCUGGUUAGAGUAGUGGUGUGUGUGAUUGAUAAAGGCAAACAACACUGGCUAUCUAGUAAGUUGGCAGCAAGUGGGUUUGGGGACCUGAAUCCGUGUGCAGUAUGAAGGUAGCUGUUGAGGAGAUGCUCUCCUUAUCAGAGGGAGAUGGAGAUGGAGUGGAGGAGCUCCAGCAGCACCUUGCUUCUCUUCCUGAUGAUCAGCUGACUACACUAAUUACAAAUACUGCCCUCAAAGGAAAGAAUGCAACAGCCCUGAUCAAAGCCAUAUUCAGAGGUUCAGCAGUGAGUGAUUCAGAUGGAGCCAGUCGCAGGCUGUGUGUAUAUAAACAUUGUAUUCCUCUCUGUGAAUCUGGAGACCUGCAGACAGAGGUGGUCUCAGACAUUAUUGGGCUAUUGAUGCUGGAGACACACACUCUAGGAGGCCAUGCCCUGGCAGUGUUGGCGUCUCUAUUUGUGGAUGCUAUUAAAGCAGGUGAAAUGGGUAAUGGUAAAUCACUGGAGCUCUUCCCCACUAUCCUUACUGCCCUGGCAGCUACAGAGUCUGUGGCUUAUGGUAGAGGUGAGUUAAGUGGAGACGAAUACAAGAAGCAGCUGAUCAACAGUCUGUGCUCAAGCAGGUGGGACCCACAGAGUGUGAUCCACCUCACCACCAUGUUCAGGGAUGUGCCCUUAUCUCCAGAGGAGCUGCAGUUUGUAACUGAGAAGGUCUUGAGGAUGUUCCUCAAGAUGGACCUGCAGGAGAUCCCUCCUCUUGUCUAUCAGCUCCUGCUUCUUUCUGCUAAGGGCUGUAAAAAGCUUGUGCUGGAUGGAAUUAUUAACUAUUUUCGAGAGCAGGACAUGCAUCAGAAAGAUGAACAGAGGAAAGGAGAGACUAUGGAUGUUGAGAUACAAACCAUCCCACAGGACCAGCUGAGACAUGUGGAAGGAACCACCAUUUUACACAUUGUGUUUGCAAUUCGCCUUGACCAUGAGCUCGGCAAGGAAUUCAUAAAAAGCGUCAAGGUUUGUCAGGGGCAACUGCUGUGUCCCUUUAGUAUCGCCCUUUUGCUUUCUGUGGCUCGCAUUCAGCGCUAUGAGGAGCAGGUGUUUGAGUUCCUGAAAGGGGCCAUCACGAAGAACUUCAAGGAUGAGCAGCUUCAGCAGGCUUCCAGGUUCCUACAGGAUCUGCUUCCCUCGAGCAGCAGUGUCUCUCACAUGAUUUUGGACACUGUCAAGAACAGCGUGUUUGGCUGGGACCACGUCACUCAGAGCCUGGUACAAUUAGGGUUCAUCCUUAUGGACUCUUUUGGGCCAAAAGCAGGACCUUUUGGGAAGACCACUGAAGCCCCCACCGCAACAGCCAAAACUCCCUCCCAGCUGGCAUGCCGGCUUGGUGGACAAGUUCUCCUGGAGAGCUUCAAAAUGCAUGAACCAAUCAGAGGUGAGAUCCUGGAGCAAGUGUUGAAUCGACUGGUUACCAAGACAGCUUCACCGGUUACCCAUUUUAUUGAGCUGCUCUCUAACAUUGUCGUGUCUGCUCCCAUGAUCCUCCUGGAGUCGUCCUCAAAAGUGACUGAGACCUUUGACCAGCUGUCUUUCCUCCCUCUCAGCACAGUACAGGGGCUCCUCAAAGCUGUACAGCCACUGCUGAAGGUCAGCAUGUCCUUAAAAGAUGCUCUGAUUCUGGUGCUGAGGAAAGCCAUGUUCUCCAGUCAGCUAGACGGCCGGAAGUCUGCCGUGGCUGGUUUCCUCCUGCUGCUGAAGAACUUCCGGGUCUUGGGCAGUCUUGCCCCCAGCCAGGCCAGCCAGACACUGACCUCCAGCCAGGUCCAGGCAGACGUGCACUCGCGCUACAAUGCAGCGACUAACGAGGCCUUCUGUUUGGAGAUCCUCAGGGGCCUGCGCCGCUGCCUGGGCCAGCAGGCCGACGUGCGCCUCAUGCUGUACGAGGGUUUCCACGACGUUCUCCGACGCAACUCCCAGUUGGCAAGUUCCAUUAUGCAAACCCUUCUGUCACAGCUGAAACGAUACUAUGAGCUGGAGCAGGACCUGCUGCCCCCUGUGAAGCUGGAGUCGUGCAUCAGUGCACAGGGAGACCAGGUCUUCCUCCAGGAGCCUCUGGCCCAUUUGCUCUCCUGUACGGUCCACUGCCUGCUGUGGUGUCAGAGCGCACGUGAGCCCGCCGGAGGGGCGAGUGACGACGAAGACGAUGAGGAAGGGUUCCAGGACGAGCUCUGUGCAGUCCUGGAGAGCAUAACCAGACGCAUGAUCAAGAGUGAGCUGGAGGACUUUGAGCUGGACAAGUCAGCCGAGUUCUCAGUAGCGUCCAGCGUCGGGGUGAAGAACAGUAUCUAUGCUGUGCUGGUGAUGGGAAUAUAUGAGGUUCUCAUAGAGUACAACUUCAUCACUGCCAACUACAGCAAGAGCCGUUUCCAGGAUGUCUUGGAGCUCUUUCAUCGUUAUUAUAAGCUUUCCGAGAUCCUGAGGGAGAAAUCGGGAAAGGGCCGGAGUCCCUCCAGCAAAACCCCGCGCACUCUUCUCUCAAUGCAGUUCGUGUCCAGCCUGCUCACUGCUCUAUUCAGAGACAGUGCUCAGAGUCACGAGGAGAGCCUGUCUGUGCUGCGCUCCAGCGAGGAACUUCUGCGCUACACCGUGAGCGUGGCCCUGCAGAAGGUGCAGCACCUGGAGGAGACGGGCCACGCAGACAGCCUGGAAGGCCUGAGUCCCGACAAGACCUUCCGCUACCUCUGUGACAUCACCAGUGUGCUGGUGUGGCGCUACACUAACGUCCCGUCUGCCGUGGAGGAUGCUGGGAAGAAGGAGAAGAAUCCGAGCGUGUCUCUGCUCUGCCUGGAGGGCUUAUUGCGUGUUUUCAGCACGGUGCUGCAGCAGUACCCCACCAGAGUGGCCAGCUUCCUGUCUUCUCUCCAUCUUUCCGGGGAGGAGGAAGGGGAGCCUGAAAACGCAAACCCGACAGAAAAGGCUGCCUUCUAUGUUCGGCAGUUUCAGCGUGCCCUGUUCAACCAGCUGAGUGGAGGAGAGGAGGCCUUCAGCAGCAGAGAGGCCCAGCUCUUGGUCAGCAUUCUGAGUCUCCUCUCGCGCCUGUUGGAGCCCACCUCCCCGCAGUUUGUGCAGAUGGUUACCUGGACAGUCAAACUCUGCAAGGAAACCAGCUUUGAGGACAUAUCCCUCAGUAAGGGUCUACUUUCUCUGCUAUUCAGUCUGCAUGUCCUCCACAAAAGCCCAGUGUCCCUGUUAUGGGAGCUGUGUCAGGACAUCCACAGCCAGCUGGGAGACAUAGACAAGGAUAUGGAGGUGGAGAAACAGUCCCACUUUGCUAUCGUCAGCAGGAAGACGGCAGCAGCCACCACACUCUUAGUUUUGUCCCAGGUGGGGAAGGCGAUGGACGAAGUGGAGUGGUUAAUCGCCAAGAAAAAAAGCCAGUUAACAGCUGAGAGGACGAACACAGGAGCAGGUCAGCAGGACCCUGUGGAGAAAGCAGUGACCCUGCAGCUGGGGACUCUGGUGACCGCGCUGAACGAGCUGGUACAGACGGCGCUGCCCCCCGGGGCCUGCUCGGACUCGCUGCUGCGAGAGCUCAGCCGCACCUACACCGUCCUCACCACCCUCAUCAAAUACUAUAUUCAGGUGCGUGCAGCUCAUCUUGGCCAACUACCCGCUCGUCUGGAAAAACUGGUUAAGCUGUCGGGCUCUCACCUUACUCCUCAGUGCUACAAUUUCAUCACUCAUGUCCAGAGCGGCGAGGCGAUUGUAGGGGCAAAUGAAAAACGGAAGAAAAGCACAGAGGAAAAUACUGCGGCUGCUUCUGCGAAGGUUCUCCGUGCGACCAAGGCUAUCCCUACCCUGAUCUUCAAUAUCGAACAAUAUGAGAAAUUUCUAAUUCUUCUGUCCAAGAAAUCAAAGGUGAAUCUGAUGCAGUACAUGAAGCUGAGCACGUCGAGAGAUUUCCGUAUCAACGCCGCCACGCUGGAGGCUGCACUGCAGGAGCAACAGCAGGACAGCCAGCAGAUGGAGGAUACUCCAGUUUCUGAAGAGACCCAGGCGCCCAAGAAGAAGAGAAGGAAGCAGUAAGACUUGCAUCCCAGUUUUUCCUU